AUGGGCACCGUCUGGUCCGCCCUGCUGGUCGGAGGGGGUCUGGCCGGAGCGCUUUUCGUGUGGCUGCUGCGGGGCGGUCCUGGGGACAAGGGGCAGGACGAGGACGCGGGGCAGGAGAAGGACGCCCCUCCUGGGGAGGCUGCGGUUCCGGGAGGCCAUCGGUGCGGCGGCGGACAGGGCCCUGGAUCUUCUGGGCAGGAGCCGGCCACCCAACCAGAGCAUCUUCAAGAAAGCAACGGGCAUUUGAUUGCUAAGCCCAAAGACCUUGGCCACCUGCAGGAGGCAGUAUGGGGACUGCAGAAUCCUUCCCGAGAAGUCUGUGACCGCUCAAGAGAGCAUGUUCUCUCGGGACACUUUCCAGACUCCACCUCCUCUGAAACUGGCAACUCAGGGAGUUACUCUGAAGUUUCAAGAAAUGAAAGCCUUGAAUCUGUGAGAUUCCAGAAAGGUCGAGACACAUCUGCUAAAGCAGCCACAUAUCUUUCAGGGAAGCUGCCUUCUAGUGAACUGCCCAUGGACAAGGCUAAAGAAGUGAACCUUGCCCAACUGGACAGUCAGGACCUGGCUGAGCAUGAGGACUGGGAGAUGGUGUCUCGGCAUUCAUCAUGGGGGGAUGUGGGUCUGGAUGACAGCCUUGAGGCCCCAGUGUUAAGCAUGAACCAGGGAACAGGCAGCAGUAGAAGCACUCUGGUGGAAGCCAGAGAUCAGCACAUGCACGGGAAAACAGAAAGGGCUGCGGCAGUGUCUUCAGAAUCACAGCAAGUUAGUGUCACGUUCCAUAUCCAUUAUAUCACGAGCUCUGAUGGGCAGUUUCUUGCAGUAACGGGAGACCAUGAGCAUCUUGGGUGGUGGAACACUUACAUCCCACUCCACCCUAGCCGGGAUGGCUUCUGGUCUCAUUCUGUUGUCCUGCCAGCAGCAACAGUGGUGGAGUGGAAGUUUGUGCUAGUGGAGAACGGGGCGGUCACCCGCUGGGAGGAAUGCAGCAACAGGCGCCUGCAGACUGGCCAUAAGGAUCAGGCCGUGUAUGCGAACUGGGGGCUGCACUGA